AUGUCUAGAAUUAGAAAUUCAUCCUACUCGGGAGCUACUACUCAAGUUAUUCAGGAGACACAGAUCAUCGAGAAACCUCAAAAGAAAGAAUUCAAAGCACAAAUAGUGUGGAGUAAUGUGGCUUUUGUGGUUAUUGUACAUUCGUCUGCCCUUUAUGGGCUAUAUUUAGCUUUUACAUCUGCCAAGUGGCUUACAAUACUUUAUGGUACUUAUCUCUAUGUGAUAACUGGUUUGGGUAUCACGGCUGGAGUACAUAGGCUGUGGGCACAUAAAGCUUAUAAAGCAAAAUGGCCACUGAGAUUAUUAUUAGCAUAUUGGAAUACUAUUGCAUUUCAGAAAUCUGUGUUUGAAUGGUCACGAGAUCAUAGAGUCCAUCAUAAAUUUUCUGAAACUGAUGCGGAUCCACACAAUGUUAAUAGAGGAUUUUUCUUCGCUCAUGUUGGAUGGUUAAUGCUCAGAAAACACCCGGAAGUAAGAAGCAAAGGAAGUGUUAUUGAUUUAAGUGAUUUAGAGAACGAUCCAAUCGUACGGUUUCAGAAAAAGUACUACCCUUUCUUGGUCGUUCUCUGUUGCUUCUACAUACCAACAAUAUUACCUAAUUGGUUAUGGGGUGAAUCAUAUUGGAAUGCAUUCUUUGUAUCUGGAAUGUUGAGAUAUUGUCUUGUACUUAAUGGAACGUGGUUAGUCAAUAGUGGAGCCCAUAUGUGGGGUUAUCGUCCUUAUAACCGUUUCAUUAAUCCUGCUGAUAAUAAGCUUAUACAUAUUGGCACUGUAGGAGAAGGUUAUCAUAAUUAUCAUCAUACAUUUCCUUGGGAUUAUUCAGCUAGUGAAUUAGGCUAUACAUUAAGUUUGACAACAAAAUUUAUUGAUCUCAUGGCAUGGAUGGGUUUGGCUUACGAUUUGAAAACUGUACCUCCGGAGAUAAUUAAGCACCGUAAAGAAACAACUGGAGAUGGUACCGUUUACAACCGGAGAUGGUAA